GUGGCGGUGCUGGGGCGGCAGUGGUGUGUGGGGAGCGGCGUCUCCGCUGCUGGGCAGGGACGCGCCUCGGCUGCCGGGCGGAGGCAGUUCCGCGCUCGGCGGAAACAAGGAACGGGAAAGGAAGGGAGCGGCGAAAGGAACCGGUAUCGGCGGCCACCAUUAGUGGAGGCAGGAGGAGCAGCAACAGCAGCCGCCGCCGUCGUCGCCGCCGCCGAGGGGGUCUGCAGGCGGAGCGGACCCGGGUGCCGCCGCCGGCAGCGAGCAGGAGCGAACCCGGCGCCUCGCCCCUCUGUUCUGUGGGGCGUCGCCGCUGCCCGCCGGGGCUCCCCCGGAGCCGGGGCGAGAUGGAGCAAUUGUCAGAUGAAGAGCUUGACCAUGGUGCAGAAGAAGAUAGUGAUAAGGAAGAUCAGGAUCUCGACAAGAUGUUUGGGGCCUGGCUGGGUGAACUGGACAAACUCACACAGAGUUUGGAUGCAGACAAGCCUGUGGCACCAGUGAAGAGGUCACCUCUCCGCCAGGAGACCAAUCUUGCCAACUUUUCAUAUCGCUUCUCCAUGUACAAUUUGAAUGAAGCCCUGAAUCAGGGGGAGACUGUGGAUCUGGAUGCCCUCAUGGCUGAUCUCUGUUCCAUAGAGCAGGAGCUCAGCAGCAUUGGCUCUCAUUCAGCAAACAAUGCUGCAGUGAAACGCCUUGCCACGGAGCCCAAAACUCAGAAACCACCUGCUAGUCGACCUUCCACUAAGCACAGCAGCGUGAAAGGAUUGUCCUCUGCUAAGGUGACUAAACCAUCGCAUGCCAACGUGUCUCUGGAUGACAUCACUGCACAGUUAGAGAAGGCCUCUUUGAGCAUGGACGAAGCAGCCCAGCAGUCUGUUGCAGAAGACACCAAGCCAGUGGUUACUGCCCAGCACAGGAGGACAGCAUCUGCUGGCACAGUGAGCGAUGCUGAGGUGCGCUCCAUCAGUAACUCCUCCCGUUCCAGCGUGACCUCGGCAGCUUCCAGCAUGGACUCCCUGGAUAUCGAUAAGGUGACAAGACCUCAGGAGCUGGACUUGACAUCACAAGGGCAACCAAUCACCGAGCACUCCUAUUUGGACAGGGAAACCUCCCUUCUUCUGAGAAACAUUGCAGGAAAGCCUUCUCAUUUGCUGACCAAGGAGGAACAGGCUGCUAAACUGAAAGCUGAGAAAAUUAGGGUUGCAUUAGAGAAGAUUAAAGAAGCACAAGUAAAAAAGUUGGUGAUCAGAGUCCAUAUGUCUGAUGACAGCUCAAAAACAAUGAUGGUGGAUGAGAGGCAAACAGUGAGACAAGUAUUAGACAAUCUGAUGGAUAAAUCACAUUGUGGCUACAGUUUAGAUUGGUCAUUAGUGGAAACCAUCUCUGAAUUGCAAAUGGAACGGAUCUUUGAAGAUCAUGAAAAUUUAGUUGAAAAUCUCUUGAACUGGACAAGAGACAGUCAAAACAAACUAAUGUUCGUGGAACGUAUAGAGAAAUAUGCACUUUUCAAGAAUCCACAGAACUAUCUUCUGGGGAAGAAAGAAACUUCUGAGAUGGCAGACAGAAAUAAAGAGGUGCUACUAGAGGAAUGCUUCUGUGGAAGUUCUGUAACUGUGCCAGAGAUUGAGGGAGUUUUGUGGCUGAAAGAGGAUGGUAAGAAAUCUUGGAAGAAACGUUACUUCCUUCUCCGGGCUUCUGGAAUCUACUAUGUCCCUAAAGGGAAGGCCAAGGUCUCACGGGAACUCGUGUGCUUUCUCCAGCUCGACCAUGUCAGUGUUUACUAUGGACAGGACUAUCGGAACAAAUACAAGGCACCCACAGACUAUUGUUUAGUGCUGAAGCAUCCUCAGAUCCAGAAGAAGUCCCAGUAUAUCAAAUAUCUCUGCUGUGAUGAUGUAAGAACUCUACACCAAUGGAUCAAUGGCAUCCGCAUUGCUAAGUACGGGAAGCAGCUAUACAUGAACUAUCAGGAAGCAUUGAAGAGAACAGAGUCAGCAUAUGACUGGACCUCCUUGUCUAGCUCCAGUAUCAAGUCAGGCUCCAGCUCAUCUAGUUUGCCAGAAUCUCAAUCAAAUCAUUCUAAUCAGUCUGAUAGUGGAGUUUCUGACACCCAGACAGCUGGCCAUGUCCGUUCCCAAAGCAUUGUCAGCUCCAUGUUCUCUGAGGCCUGGAAACGAGGCACUCAACUGGAGGAAUCCAGCAAGGCCCGAGUGGAGCCUGCAGGCCGGCCCUUCGUGUCUGUCGCAGCCCCCGUGUCCCCGCAGCCGAAAGCGGUGACGCCCUACACGGCGUCGCAGCCGUCCCCGCCGCUGCCACCGCCCCCGCCGCCGCCCCCUCCGCCCCCGCCGCCGCCGCCCCCUCCGCCCCCGCCCCUGCCCAGCCAGGCCGCCCCGUCCGCGGGCUCGCCCGCCACCAUGUUCGUCAAGUACAGCACCAUCACGCGGCUGCAGAACGCGGCCCAGCACGGCGGCCCUUUUUCCAAAGCCCCUGCUGCACAGCAGCCUCCGCCGCCGCCCCCGCCCUCGGCAAAGCCUCAGAUCCUGGUGCCCCCCAACGGGGUCAUGCCGCCCCCCCCGCCCCCGCCGCCGCCCCCCACACCGGGCUCGGCCAUGGCACAGCUGAAGCCGGCACCUUGUGCCCCCUCCGUGCCGCAGUUCACUCCACCACCGCCGCCCCCCAAGAUACAUCAGGUCCAACCAAAUAUAAGCCAGGCCGCUGUUGCCUCCUCGUUGCCACCGCCGCCUCCUCCUGUGCCUGCCCCACCACCACCCCAGGCACCCCCAAAGCCUGUCAUGGCAGCUCUGCCCCCUCAGCCUAGUGGGAAGGCAGCAUCACCAGGGGUCACACAUGUCACUCCCCCUGUGACUGCGGCCUUGCCCCUUGCAAUAAAGAAACAACCAAGUAUCACUUCUCCCCAGGUGCCUCCUCUGCCCCCGGCCCCUCCUGGCCCCACUCCCCCUGCAACAUUCCCAAAGCAGCAGAGUUUCUCAGUAAAGCCUCCUCCGUCCCCUCAGUCCCCAGUGCCAUCGGUGGUGAAGCAGAUAGUCAGCCAGUUCCCCCCUCCUCCCACGCCACCUGCCACUGAGCCCCAGCCUCUGAAACCCCUUCCGCUGAGUGUGGCUCCACAGUCGCCUCCAGCAGUGAAGGCAAAGCCCAAAUGGCAGCCUGCUGCUGCUCCUUCACCAGAUUUCCCCCCUCCUCCACCAGAGAGCAGUUUAGUGUUCCCUCCUCCACCUCCUUCCCCAGCUUCCUCUGCAGGUUCUCCCCCGCCUGACAAAUCAGGGUCUCCAGUAAAAAAGGCCGGCAAGACAUCAAGCCCCGGAGGGAAGAAACCACCUCCAACACCUCAACGCAACUCCAGCAUCAAGUCCACAAGCUCUGCUGAGUACCAUGAGUCCAAGAGGCCUUCAGUGGACCGCCUUGUCAGCAAAUUUGCACACGCCCCAGAGCCGUCAGGAUCUCCUUCCAAGGAGUCAUCGCCUCCUCCAGCCCCUCCGAAGCCAGGAAAGCUCAACCUUUCUGGUGUGAGCCUGCCCAUUGUCCUUCCACAAGGGGGAAUGCCAGCCAAGGCUUCUGCUCCAAGUGUGUCUGGAAAGGAACCUGUGGUUGAAUUCCCUUCACCACCAUCCGAUUCAGACUUCCCACCACCACCCCCUGAAAUAGAUCUGCCUCCCCCUCCAGUAGAAAUUCCGUCUGUGUUUUCAGGCAGCACCUCCCCAAAAGUCGCUGUUGUCAAUCCCCAGCCGCAGGCGUGGUCAAAACCAUCUGUGAAGAAAGCGCCACCACCCACACGGCCCAAGCGGAACGACAGCACCCGACUGACACAGGCGGAGGUUGCGGAGCCCCCGGGGUCAGCUGGCCCACAAGUGCCCACCUCACCCAAGUCCAGCCUUAGCGUUCAGCCGGGAUUCCUGGCAGACCUCAACCGGACGCUGCAGCGGAAAUCCAUCACCCGGCACGGCUCGCUCUCCUCCGCCCGCAUGUCCAGAACGGAGCCCACGGCCACCAUGGACGACAUGGCCCUGCCUCCGCCCCCGCCAGAGCUGCUGGCUGACCAGCAGAAGACCAGCAGCUUUGGGGGCAGUCAUAUAUCUGGCUAUGCAACGUUACGGAGGGGGCCGCCCCCCGCGCCCCCCAAAAGGGAUCAGAACACCAAGCUGUCACGGGACUGGUAGUCAGUCCCCAGAUCCAGUGCUCUCCGUGACUUGUGGGCUGCUCUGAUUGGCCAGCCCAUGAUCCCGUGCAUGUGGAGAGGAUGUGGGGAUGUGGAUGAUAGCCCCAUUAAAAGAGGUGAUCUCAAACUGCAGCUGUGGCUAAAUGUAAAGACAUUCCCCUUUCAUGGCUAGAUUAAGAAAGAUGGGGGCUUAGGGGUGUUGAUACUUUAUUGGGAAAAGUGGGUAGAGAGGUGUUGGCUUCAUUCUUUCAGUUUCUUUCACCCUUCUUAUAGAUUGGACCAAACCCCUGUUUUCUUACUUUUUCUGCAUUUAGGGGAGGGGGAGGGAGAUAAUUUUUUUGUAGUGUCUGUCCACGUGAGACAUGUUUGUGCAUGUAUAAUAAGUGUAGGUAUAUAAUAUAUUGUGAUAUAUUUCGUCGCAAUUAUAGAAGAUAACCAGAAUGUUUUUGUAGAACCGUAUUUAUUGUUUCAGUCAGUAUAUUAUCUGGAAUCGGACUCUAACUGGUCAAAUCUUACCAUAAAGAUGGAGAUGUAGGGGGCACUUUAAAGAAAGGAAAUAAAAACCCAAACCCACAAACUUCUCAGCAGUUUGUGGUGGGUAAAUUCUGCAAAGCUGAGGUGUUCGGCUGGUAACUGUAUGUUGUCCAUUGAUUGAAAAGUACAGAUGCAACAUACCAAAACAUUCUGGUCAUAAUACUACUGAAAAUGAGUAUGUUCAGAGGAAAGAAAUAGAUUUUAUAUAUAGUGGGCUGGAGUGAAAUAUAUUUAUACUAUAAAGAGCCUCCCCCUCCUUUCAAAUAGUUUAAAAAUAUACACUGAUAGAAAUUAUUUCAAACUUACUUGUCCAUGCAGUUAAAUAGGAUAAAUAUAUAUUAUUCCAAACCAUUAUGCAUUCUAACUGAUAAUAGGCUCCAUCAUUUGUUUCUGUGGCUCAAGAUGAAUAUAUUUGUGUUAACCCCUUCUGAAAGCUGCCAGGACUCCUGCAAUUGAAAAUCCUGCCAACCCCCAAGGCUGACCCACGCCGAUCCGUGAGCUGUCCGCGUAACUCUUACCCUGAAUGAACAGGUAGGUUUCUGUAGAAAGUGCUGUGUGCUCACACAGGCAUGCACAGCGUCCAGUCUCACCUGCUCUGGGCCUGGUAAGAUGUAGUGUCUUCACAAAAACAAGUGUCUGGAAAUGUGUGAAGAAAGUGUUGUCAUUGAUUGGAAAUUGUCGGGAAAAUUUCCCUUCUGGAAAGAGAGAAGGGAGCAGCAAUUUCAGGACAAGGAGAGUAAGAAUUCUCUUUUCUUUGGCCUGCCAGAGACUGUGACCAGUGCAUUAACCUGUAUUACAAAGUUGCACUUCUAGCAGUCAAGAAAGAAGACUGGAAAAAAAACAACCUUAAAGAGGCAAUAACAUUUGCUAAGAAUUUCAUCUAAGGGCCUGUAUGAUUAGACAGUAGACUGUUGGUUUGCUUGGUUUUUGUUAGUCACCGAUUCACAGUCGGUCACCACAUCAAGCAUGAAUGACAGUCCUUUUUCUUCGGUAGCUACUUCAGUAGCUUGAUUGUACAGUCUUACCCACAUGUUCAGACCUUGUGAUAAGGCAGUGUAAGUGGUCCUAUGUAUCACUGCACAUUCCUUGCUGGGUGGUGGGACACAGCCUUUGUAAAACAACUAAAAUACUUGGACUGUAACUACC